AUGUGGGGUCGCGGGCGCUGCGGCGACUCCUGCUUCGUACCUGCUGCCGCCGUGGCCGAGCAGCCGAGCCUUAACGUAGCAAGAGGGGGUUCGAUCGCCAAGGAUGCUUUUCAGACGAAGGGUACAUCAUCGUUUGGUAAGCGACGAAAUAAGACACACACGCUGUGUCGUCGUUGUGGGUCCAAGGCGUACCAUCUGCAAAAAUCGACCUGUGGGAAAUGUGGUUAUCCUGCUAAGCGUAAGAGAAAGUAUAACUGGAGUGCAAAGGCUAAAAGACGCAACACCACUGGUACUGGUCGCAUGAGGCACCUGAAAAAGGUCUACCGUCGAUUCAGGAAUGGAUUCCGUGAGGGAACCACACCGAAGCCCAAGAGAGCAGCUGUUGCAGCCUCCAGUUCAUCUUAAAGACUCAUCUAUUUGUUAAAAUAAAUGGUCAUACCCAGAAAAUCUGUCA